AUGACUUCAACUUCAACUACUUCACCUUCAUCAUCAUCAUCAUCAUCAUCCUCACAAUCAAUCUCAAUCUCAAAAUCAUAUUCAACUUCAAAUGAUAACCUUUUCCAAUCAAGCCCAAACCAUACUUCCAAUGGAUCAGAUCGAGGACUGAUAGAGACACUUCAGGGAACUAAUACCAAUUCAAUCACCAACACACUUCAAAAAGACAAUAUCAAUUAUCAUCCUAUUCGAUUAUGUGAUCUUUCACAUGAUCAGGCUGGGCUUGAUCAUGCACUUCAAGAAGCUAUUCGUCAGCAAACCCGCUCUCUUCAAACCCGGUCUAUCUUAUCUACAAGCACACAGGAUACCGGAUCUCAUUAUGCUAUAGAUCAGACACUCGAUCGACUGACUGGAUCAGAUGAGCAAGUGUCAUUCCAUCACAAUCCCUUCUCUCUUAGAUCACAUCCCAAAGUUCAUUCACUUCGAGUGGCAAGUUUAACUACACUAUUUGAACAUAGCGAAACAGUCCAGGCUUUAGAACGAAUCCUUCAAUCCCAAAUCUUUGAAAUGGUAUCACAACAACCCACCCAAGAUGAUCCCAACCAUCACCAUCCCAUCGAAUCACCACUCAACCUCUCAUCACUUUCUGAAAGGACUCUGAACCAUGAUCAUUCUCAAGUCGAUUCACAUAUUCUAAAUAACGAAGAUCUCUUCAAAGCAGCAAGAGCUUGCUUACAACACGAAGAUCACCCAGACGGUCUGACUACACAUCAUCACAAAGCUUCUGAUAGCUCGAACGAUCAUCAGGACACGAAUACUGCGAAUCCACUUCACGUCGGUUCUAAUGAAUCUGUUGAUCUCUUCAUCGAUCCUCGUCUUCAUAAUGAUUUGUCAACGACUGAUGAGAUGAUGCAAGUCGAUUCUUUCAAACCUGUACCACAACCUUUCACAAGUUCCCGAUUCGGUUCAUCUGAUCCCCUAAGCAUACAACUCGGCAUGAGAAUGCAAGAUAGGCCAUCCCAUAUAUCUCAUCCAUCUAUCGCUCGAAGGCUUUCGGCUGAGGGCUUACCUUUUGGACUAGAUUUGUCUAGAGAUUUUGAAGAUUCAGAUCUUCCAGCAGAACUUGAAAUGCUUUUAUCCCAAGACAUUCAUUCGACCAACUGUUCCAAUCCAAUGCCAUUUCCUUCUACUUCUUUUUGUCAAACCGAACCAUCUGAAAGAAUGAUGGUCAAUCCUCCUAAACGAACCAAAGCUCAAACUGAUCCUUCUCGUAGUUGGAUGCGACGUCCAAGUUCAUCGAUCUCAGCUUUGUUGAUCCAAAGUGAGAUCACCACAGCUUGCAAGACUCGAACGAGGGCUUCAGCUAGUCCUAAACGAUCUGAAUCGGUUUUGAUGGCUUCUGAUCCUAAUGUUCAUCCAUUACUACAACGUUUAGAAUUUGAAGGAAGCGAAAGUCUGAAUCCAAUGAAAUCGAGUUUGAACCGAUCAUCAAGAAAACGAAGUAAAUCAACUAGUGAUCAUGAACACCGAUCUGGAAGAUCUAAUUCAGAUGAAUCAGAAGAAUCAGAAUCAGAAGAAAGUGAAAGAAGUACAGCUAAAUCAUCUAAACUGAAUCGAUCAGAAGAAGAAGAAGCCAAAGAAGACCGCUUUUCAUUUGUUUCUUGGCAUCAGCUUUCAGCAAAAGGUAUUGAUGUACACGGAUCAGGAGCAGGAGGAGGAGCAGCAGCCGUUUUGGAAUCCAUUCGAUCCACUACGCGUGAUGCUUUCAAGAGUAGUCAUCCAAAAAAGACGAAACCCAAGAUCCCCUUAACAAGUAUACUAUGUUCAAGUUAUCUCCAAACCCCAAGUGCUUCAAAACAUGAAUUCGGAUCAGAAGUGGAAGAAGAAGUACCUGAAAGUUAUUUUCCAGAUCAGUUUAGAUCGUUUAAUCGGAUUCAUUGGACUAAAGAAGAAGAAGAUCUUUUGUUGAAGGAAGUCGAAUUGAAUUAUCAAAGGUAUGAUUGUAUGUCACAGAUUAUGAAACGACAUGGACCUCUUGGAACGGUUUCCAAGACUUUUUCGGAUCGCACUGGGGUUUCUUUGAAAGAUAAAGCUGUUAAUAUUUCUUCUAGAUGGUAUAGAGAUGGAACAGAAGUGAGUGAUUUAAGAAGAAAAGCCUUUGCAAGGUUUAGACCUAAACAACUUAAAGGUAAACUACGUAGUGAAUUACCUGGCAUGAAACUUUUGUUAGAGUGUACUUCUUCUGGAUCUUGA